AAACAAGAGAAAUACGAACGGCAUCAUGGGGGUACACAUGAUUGUGAGGUCAAUGGCAAUGCUUUUGGCAUAUUUUUGUUUGGGAGUAACCACCGCCUUUGCGCCACGGCACUUUACAUUGACGAACAACGUCAGAUCAGUGCACGCGCAUUCUACUUCGGCAAUGAAUCUCGCAGUCGAUCCUUCCUUGCUCGACGGCUCCGCGUUGUCGUUGUUGACGCCAUCCUUCAUGACGUCCUUCGCCAGCAGCGCACUCAUCGCCACGAUUGAUUCCGAUAUUGCCAGUAUUCCUGUGAACGAAUUUGCCCCCGUAUUUGCUGGAGGCAUGGCAGUCAUGUUUGGUGGCGUGUUAUCGGCCAUUAUUACGGGUGCCAUACUAGAAAAACGUGAUUUGUACGCUACGGUUGUGGCAGCCUCCUACGCCCAAGGUGGAGACGGAGACGAAGAAUUUUGGAAGAGUCUGUCGGAUGAAGAAAAACUCAAAGCCAAAGACAUGGUACAAAAACUCAAGGCGGCAGGGAACGAAGGUGCUGCGAUGGAAUUGGAGCAAAUGAUGACUAACGAGGGGACGUCGAAUACGCCUUCGGCUACCACAGCAUCUUCCGGUAGCGAAACCGUGAAGAAAGGGGUGGAUAACAAGAAAGCAGACAUGUUUAGUGACUACGGGGAGUAGAAGUUACUCAAUCUCCAGCUACACAUACAUACCGCACUUGUUUCACUACUUUUUCAAUCACAAACCUUUCUGGACGCAUUUCGUAUCGCUUUUUUUAGAGAGCUCGUUCGCAUUUCGUACUAAUAGUAACAACGCACCUAUCUUAC